AUGUGGGGAAAGACUAUCUAUGUAAUUACUGCCCCCGCAGAUGUGACUGCUACCUACCGCAACCCUAACCUGGGGUUUGAUGGUCAUCUUCAUGCAGUUCUCAGCCGCUUUGGGUUCAGUGACGAUGGGUUACGAAGAUCAUGGAAGACCUCAAACCCUCAUAACGACGCGGGGGACAAGGCCGUCACAACUGAUGUCUGGGGCAGGGAUCGGCUGAGUUUCGUCUACUACUUAGAGUCUCUCCUGAAACAACAGCUUCUUCCCGGCAAGAAAAUGGAUCAAGUCUUCGGGUUUUUUCUCAAUUCCAUGCUCGAUUCUUUGCAACCAAGUAUAUUAGAUUAUUGUACAAAAUCUCUAUUCGGGAAAAACAACCAAGUCUCACUCUAUUCUCAUUGCCGCUAUUCAAUGGUGGAUGCAUCUAUUCGAUCACUCUUUGGUUGCCAUUUCCACGAUACUGAGCCAAAUAUUACCAAAGACGUCAUAACAUUUAAUGAUUAUGGGUGGCAUGUUUUCUUCCAGCUCCCGGGCGUGCUUGGGUCCGCUGCAACUGAAGCAAAGAAACUCGAGUCUAGAACAUCUACUCUUUGUCUAAUGCUAUGGGCGUGGAUUCUGCGCUGCCUGAUGGCCUUUGGCCGCCUCGGAGUACAUCGGAUGGAAGACACUGUCGCGGACAAUCGUGAUGGUCACCGUAAGGAAUACCAGACAGAAGACGAGUGUCAUGAUCAGCUUUGUACGUAA